AUGUCCGAAGCGUCGUGCGAGGUGCCGGAGCCGCUCUCGCAGAAGUACAGCGUGCCGCGGCGGAACGCGCACCCCGUGCUCGUCGCGCGCCACCGCUCCAUGGACCGCCAAGUGUUCUGGAACCCGCGUCGCAACGCACGGCCCCAAACGUUCGACUCGGCGUCCGAGGCGGCGUCCGCGGACCCGACCGCCGGCAGGGGCUGCGACUUCUGCGACCCGCUGCGCUUCACGGCCGCGGACGCGUGGGGCAGGGUCGAGAACGAGCACGCGCUCACAGCAUCCAACCUGUUCAAGAUCACUUCAAGUCACGGAGUUAUAAUUCUGCGCUCACACGACCCGUACGACUGGAACCUGGCGCAGCUCCGCGGCAUGAUCCGCGCCGCGGGCGAGUGGUUCGUGAACGAGCACGGGGCGCGUCCAGAGGCGCCAGAGUGCGGGGCGCUUAUCUGGAACUCCCUGCAGCGCGCGGGGGCGUCGCAGUACCACCCGCACCUGCAGGCGAUGCUCACGCCGCACGGCAUGCCCGAGCAGGUGCGGGCGUGGCGGGGCGAGAGCGAGUACCACAGGCGGAUGCGCGACGGAGGGCGUGGCAUGUGGGAGGCCGAGGCGAGGGCGCACGAUGGCGCGGGGCUGCUGCACGGGGUGACGGACGGGGAGGACGCGGCGUGGGUGUACCCGAGCAUGUGUCCCCUCAAGGACAUGGAGGUCGUGGUGCUCGGCGAGUCCCUGUGCUCCCCGGCCUUCACGCUCGCCCUGUACAGCGCCCUGCGCACCCUCAUCGACGACCUCGGCCUCAAAACAUGGAACAUGGGCAUCCUGAACCUGGAAAUAACCAAGGAGCGCACCAACGUGCUGGACACCCGUCCGCCGCCGCUCAGCACGGAUCCGACAUUGUGGAGGCCGGUGUGGGCGCGGAUCGUGUCGCGGGGGAAGCCGACGACGCAAUCGAGUGACUUUGGGGGGUUGGAGGUGAUGCUGGACGCCAGCACGGGCCACACGGACCCCUACUUCCUGUCCGACGCGCUCGCGAGGCGCCUGCGUGAGUGUGCGGACGCGGCGGGGGGCGGCUACAGCAAAGGGUGGCAGAGGCCGUGA